AUGGCUCUGUAUGGUUCUUCUAUAUCUUCACACAAUUUGAAUUGGAAAAUUGGGACAAGAAACAUAUCAAAAUCUACUUCUUUUUCUAUGAAUUCUGAUACCACAAUCUCGUUAUCGUUUUCUGGGAGUGUUUCCAUGGGCCUUAACUUUAGGUUGAAUCUUGCCUCUUCAACUUGUAGUGUUAAGAGAAAUGGGUUUAGGAACCAUGGUUCUCGUUUGAAGGUUGUUUGUAUUGAUUAUCCAAGGCCUGAGCUUGAAAAUACCGUUAAUUUUGUUGAAGCUGCUUACUUGUCUUCCACCUUUCGUGCUUCUCCUCGCCCAACUAAACCUUUGAAGGUUGUUAUUGCUGGUGCAGGACUGGCUGGUUUAUCAACUGCAAAAUAUUUGGCAGAUGCUGGUCACAAGCCUAUAUUGCUGGAGGCAAGAGACGUUCUAGGUGGAAAGGUUGCUGCAUGGAAAGAUGAAGACGGAGACUGGUAUGAGACUGGCCUACAUAUAUUUUUUGGGGCUUACCCUAAUGUGCAGAACUUAUUUGGAGAACUCGGUAUAAACGAUCGGUUACAAUGGAAGGAGCAUUCUAUGAUCUUUGCUAUGCCAAGCAAGCCUGGACAGUUUAGUCGAUUUGAUUUUCUCGAAGUCCUUCCAUCUCCAUUAAAUGGAAUAUGGGCAAUCUUGAAGAAUAACGAGAUGCUGACCUGGCCAGAGAAAAUCAAAUUUGCAAUUGGACUUCUGCCAGCUAUUCUUGGAGGACAGGCCUAUGUUGAGGCUCAAGAUGGUCUUUCUGUUAAAGAAUGGAUGAAAAAGCAGGGCAUUCCUGAACGGGUAACUGAUGAAGUGUUCAUAGCAAUGUCAAAGGCUCUAAACUUCAUCAACCCUGAUGAACUUUCAAUGCAAUGUAUUUUGAUUGCAUUAAACCGAUUUCUUCAGGAGAAGCAUGGUUCUAAGAUGGCCUUUUUGGAUGGCAAUCCCCCGGAAAGACUCUUAAAGAGCUUUUUACUAACUAAUGGGAAAGUGAUCGAAGGGGAUGCUUACGUGUGUGCAGCACCAGUGGAUAUUCUGAAGCUUCUUCUGCCUGAGAACUGGAAAGGGGUUCCUUAUUUCCAGAGAUUGGAGAAAUUAGUUGGAGUUCCGGUCAUAAAUGUUCACAUAUGGUUUGACAGAAAACUGAAGAACACAUAUGAUCAUCUUCUCUUUAGCAGAAGUCCCCUUCUGAGUGUAUAUGCUGACAUGUCGGUAACUUGUAAGGAAUAUUACAACCCAAACCAGUCUAUGUUGGAGCUGGUCUUCGCACCAGCGGAAGAAUGGAUUUCACGCAGUGAUGAAGAUAUUAUUGAUGCUACAAUGUCUGAACUUGCCAAACUCUUCCCUGAUGAAAUUUCUGCAGACCAAAGCAAAGCAAAAAUCAUCAAGUACCACGUUGUUAAAACGCCAAGGUCGGUUUACAAAACUGUUCCAAAUUGCGAGCCUUGCCGUCCCAUACAAAGAUCUCCUAUAGAAGGUUUCUAUUUAUCAGGAGAUUACACAAAACAAAAAUAUUUAGCUUCCAUGGAAGGCGCUGUUCUUUCUGGGAAGCUUUGUGCACAGGCUAUUGUACAGGAUUCAGAGCUACUUACUGCUCGGAGCCAGAAAAGAAUAGCUCAAGCAAGUACUGCUUAA